UAUCAUAAAUUUUGUAUUCCUAUUAUGACAAAGAUAGAUGAUAAUGACACCAUAAAAAUUGACCAACACUAAAAAUUGAAAAUACAAACACACCACACACCCUCCAAGAGUGUUUAGUUUUUUUUUUUUUAAGCUUUUAACAAUGGCUGCCACACAAGCUAAAUUGAGCAAAACUGCUGGAAAGCCAAUUCAUUGCAGAGCUGCAGUGGCAAGAAAAGCAGGAGAACCUCUGGUGAUAGAGGAGGUGAUUGUGGCUCCUCCUAAAUCCUGUGAAGUUCGUAUAAAGAUCAUUUGUACCUCUCUCUGUCACAGUGAUGUUACCUUCUGGAAGUUGAAAGACUUUCCUGGAUGCUUUCCAAGAAUAUUGGGCCAUGAAGCUUUCGGGAUUGUGGAGAGUGUUGGAGAAAAUGUCCAGGAUUUAAAAGAAGGAGAUUCAGUUAUCCCGAUAUUUUUGCCCGACUGUACUGAAUGUAUAGAUUGCACAUCCAAGAAGAGCAACAAUUGUUCAAAAUUCCAAUUUAAGGUAUCUCCAUGGAUUCUUAGAGAUGGUACAAGUAGAUUCACUACCGUUGAUGGAGAAACUUUAUACCAUUGUCUGUUUGUAUCAAGUUUCGCCGAGUACACUGUUGUAGACAUUGCUAAUGUAACAAAGAUUGAUCCUCGUGUUCCACCUAACAGGGCAUGCCUCUUUAGUUGUGGAGUAUCAACAGGAGUAGGUGCUGCCCUGAAAACUGCAAAUGUGGAACAAGGAUCAACUGUUGUAAUAUUUGGUUUGGGCGGAAUUGGAUUAGCAGUCGCAGAGGGAUCAAGGAUAUGUGGUGCUUCAAGAAUUAUUGGCGUAGAUAUAAACACUGACAAGUUCGAAAUAGGAAAGCAAUUUGGAGUGACUGAUUUUGUCAAUUCAAAUAGCCAUGAGGAUAAACCUAUUAGCCAGGUGAUAAAUGAGAUGACUAACGGAGGUGCUGACUACUGCUUCGAGUGUGUUGGUAUGGGAACACUCGUGCAGGAAGCAUAUGCCUGCUGUCGAAAGGGUUGGGGAAAGACAAUUGUCGUAGGAGUUGAUAAACCGGGAGCAAUUCUGACAUUUAAAUCUUUCGACAUUCUACAUAUGGGGAAAACCAUCAUGGGAUCACUGUUUGGAGGUCUCAAACCCAAAUCUGACAUUCCUCUUCUUGUCAAACGUUACCUUGACAAGGAAUUGGAACUAGACAAGUUUGUAACACACGAAGUGAGUUUUCAAGACAUCAACAAGGCUUUUGAUUUACUCGUUGAAGGAAAGAGUCUACGAUGUGUUAUUUGGAUGGAUAAGUGAUCGAUCCCUGUUAUACUUGUCUCGUGUUCUUGAAAAAGGAUUGCUUCAUAAUCCAUAUGAAUCGUGACGUUAAUUCGAUAUGUAACUAGGAUUAUACAAGAUCAAGAAUAUUUCAGAGUAAUGUUAUUACUCUUUUGCAUAUUUUUGUUGAAUUUUUCUGUUUUCUGCUUUCAUUUGAAGCAUAAUCAGAAGUUAAAAGGAGUGAA